UGUAUAACAACAGAUUAGUGUUGUAUUACUUAAGUAUAUUUAUUGUUUGCAUUCAAGGCAGCGAAGAAACCGUUGAAUUCAGAUGGUUUGAACAAAAAUUGGAUCACUUUCAUAAGGAUUCAAGAACUUUUAAAAUGAGAUAUAUGGUAAAGGAAGAUUAUUUUAAGCCGAAUGGUACAAUAUUUUUCUUUAUGGGCGGUGAAGGCACAAUUUUAUCAGAUACAACCAAUACUUCCAACAUUAUGUUGACCAAGAGUUAUAUUAACGACUUGGCUAAACGAUAUGGAGGAUAUCUGAUACACAGCGAGCAUCGUUAUUAUGGAGAAAGUAAGGCGACAAAAUCCCUUAACUUGAAAUCUCUGAAAUAUCUAUCAACGCCUCAGGCCAUGGCAGAUGUGGCUGCUUUAAUUCGAUUUUUAAAGGCCAAUACCACUUAUUUCGGAGAGUCCAAGGUUUUUCUGGUGGGAGGAUCGUAUUCAGGCCUAAUGGUACCCUGGUUUGCCAAGCUCUAUCCCCAAUUAAUUGAUUUAGGAUGGGGUUCCAGUGCCCCGUUGCAGUUUAAAACAGAUUUAAAAGAGUUCUAUGCAAGAGUUUUUCAACUUGUUCAACAAAUUGGAGGUAAGAAGUGCCAUGAUCAGAUAGUUGAGGGCUUCAAGAGCCUUAAAUCUGAUUUAAACAAUCAUACCACUACAAAACUUAUAGAAAUGAAUAUUUGUGGAUUUGAUCAUACAAAUAAUGUUCAUGUUAUUAAUUUAUUUGAAAGAUUAACAAAAGUAAUUGGCUCUGAAGUGCAGUAUGGAAAUAUUCAAAAGGCCUGCGAUGAUAUUUCAAAAAGCUCAUUUACCUCUUACCUUAAAAAGCAACUAGAAGGGAAUUCUUCGGAAUGCUAUGACAGUGUUUCCAGUUUAAAAUCCCUAAAAGACGUUGAAUAUACCACGGAUUCAGCUCGACUUUGGUUCUACCAAUGUUGCAGUCAGCUUGGCAACUUUCAAACCUCUGAAUAUAUCCCAAUUGAUUUUUGGCUUGAUUUGUGUUUUGAUGUUUUUGGAAAUAGGUUUUUCGAAUGUUACAUAAACAGAAAAGUCAAAAACACUGAUAGAAAUUUUAAGGAUUUGGAUAAUAGAGAAAGUUUUCGCAAGGUCUUUUUGACCCAACCGGAACUGGAUGCUUGGUCAGCUACCAAAGUGAGGAAACACAAUAGGACAUAUAUUUUAGAGGGUGCAACUCACUGCGAGGACUUACAGCCAUGGAAAGAGAAUGAUAAGCCUUCUAUAAAUGCCUUGAAGAUGGACAUCGAUUUCGAAGUGCAAAAAUUGCAAACUAAAGCGUACAACUAAGCUAGCAAAAUAUUAAAAACUAAUUGAAAAUU